AUGAUCUUCGCAGCCCGCCCACUCCAGGAGAAGUGCCAGGAGAUGCGAACCCACCUGUACUCUACCUUCGUGGACCUGACGAAAGCCUUCGACACGGUGAAUCGUGAAGGACUGUGGAAGAUCAUGCAGAAAUUCGGCUGUCCGGAGCGAUUCACACAGACGGUGCGUCAGCUGCACGACGGUAUGAUGGCGCGAGUCACGGACAACGGAGCUGUCUCAGAGGCAUUCGUAGUGACCAACGGAGUGAAGCAGGGAUGCGUGCUGGCACCAACCCUCUUCAGUCUUAUGUUCUCUGCCAUGCUGAUGGACGCCUACCGCGACGAACGCCCUAGAAUCCGCAUCGCCUACAGAACGGACGGUCAUCUCCUGAAUCAACGGCGCAUGAACUUCCAAUCGCGCGUAUCCACAACUACCGUGCACGAACUCCUCUUCGACGACGACUGCGCCCUGAACACCACCUCGGAAGAGGAGAUGCAACGGAGCAUGGACCUAUUCUCCGCCGCCUGCGAGAACUUUGGGCUGGUCAUUAACACGCAGAAGACGGUGGUGAUGCACCAACCGCCGCCCAACUCAGCCACAGCACCCAACGCGCCGCCGCAAAUCAGCGUGAACGGAAAUCAACUGCAAGUGGUAGAGAACUUCCCGUAUCUGGGCAGUACCCUCUCCCACAACACCAAGAUUGAUGACGAAGUCGUCAACAGGAUCUCGAAAGCCAGUCAAGCCUUCGGUCGUCUCCGAAACACAGUUUGGAACCGCCACGGUCUCCAACUGAGCACGAAGCUGAAGAUGUACAAGGCCGUUAUCCUGCCGACGUUACUGUACGGAGCAGAGACAUGGACGGUUUACACGAGACAGGCACGCCGACUGAAUCACUUCCACCUCAGUUGUCUCCGUCGCAUCCUGAGGCUGAACUGGCAGGAUCGAAUCCCCGACACGGAAGUACUGGAACGAACGGGAAUCCUCAGCAUCAACGCCAUACUGAGGCAAAUGCAGCUGCGCUGGAGCGGCCACCUGGUUUGCAUGGAUGACGAGCGUCUACCCAAACGACUCUUCUACGGAGACGUCGCGACGGGUUCUCGUCGUCAAGGAGGCCAAAUUCGCCGUUACAAGGAUACUCUGAAGUCCUCCCUGAAGCGCCUGCAAAUCAACCCGACCAACUGGGAAGAGCUCGCUCGCGAUCGUCCGACAUGGAGGAGAACAGUGAAGACGGGCGCUGCUUUCUACGAAGAAAACCGAAUCGCCGCCGCCAAAGCGAAACGCGAAGCCCGCAAAUCACAACUUCGCCCAGUCCGCAACGCCGCCGCAAAACCUCUCCCUACGUGUCCUCGAUGUCAACGGACAUUCCGGGCACGAAUCGGACUUGUCGGACAUCUCCGAACCAACUGCACCUCUCAAACUGCUCCAGCCAUCGUCCCCUCGCCCGCCUCUUCCUCGUCCUCUCUUCCGCCAACUAACUCUGACACUCCUUCUGCACCACCACUUCCAUCCUCCUCCUUCUCCUCCACUGCCCCAGCGGAGGCCGUUCAGGCUGCCGUCUCACACAUCGCCGAUCACGUCACAACAACCACAACCACCCCCACCCCUCCAGAUUCCAGUGAUGAGGAUCAGGACUACACCUGCCCUCACUGCGACCGCACCUUCACCUCUCGAAUCGGCCUGGUCGGUCACUUGCGAAUCCAUCGCACAGAGACUGGCGAACCAGUGCCUGGAGCACCAACCUACACCCACCGCACUCGCCUCCACUGCCCACACUGCCCUCGCACCUUCACGCAUCGCAUGGGUCUAUUCGGCCACAUGCGCAUCCACGACGACCUACGGUAG